CUGAUCUCGCGAGAACUCAACCCAACCUCUAUCCCCUGUUACUAAAGCAGUGGCAGUGUGGAUGCUGAUAGUUUGCUGCUGUAAUCAUGCUCAAAGCUGUCAACAAGACCUAUCUCAGGCAGUUGUCUGGUUUGAUUCAGAGGUUUCAGAGUACUCUGGUUGUUGCCGAGCACAAUAAUGACACGCUGACCCCCAUCACCCUGAACGCCAUCACCGCUGCUAAUAAACUCGGCAGUGACGUGUCCUGUUUGGUUGCUGGAACGAACUGUGCGAAGGUUGCAGAGCAGUUGUCCAGAGUUCAAGGGGUGAAGAAAAUUCUGAUAGCUCAACAUGCAGCCUACAAAGGGUCAUUGCCAGAGGAGCUGACACCCCUCAUCUUGGCAACUCAGAAACAGUUCAGUUUCACACACAUCUGUGCGGGAGCUUCUGCUUUCGGAAAGAAUCUCCUUCCAAGAGUGGCCGCCAAGUUGGAUGUGGCUCCCAUUUCAGAUAUCAUUGAGAUCAAAUCUGCAGACACCUUUGUGAGGACCAUUUAUGCUGGAAAUGCCCUCAGCACAGUCAAGUGCAAUGAAAGCGUCAAGAUCUUCACGGUUCGAGGCACUUCCUUUGAACCUGCGGCCAUAGAGGGGGGCAGCGCCUCUUCAGAGGAAGUCUCUUCGUCUGCCGCUGCUGGAGUCUCUGAGUGGCUGGAACAAACUCUAACUAAGAGUGACCGUCCAGAUCUCGCCAGUGCUAAAGUCGUGGUGUCUGGAGGGAGGGGCUUGAAGAGCGGCGACAACUUCAAACUGCUCUACGACCUCGCCGACCAGCUGAACGCAGCCGUUGGUGCCUCCAGAGCCGCAGUUGAUGCUGGUUAUGUACCAAACGACAUGCAGGUUGGACAGACUGGAAAGAUUGUGGCUCCUGAGCUGUACAUUGCAGUUGGCAUCUCUGGCGCUAUCCAACAUCUUGCUGGAAUGAAAGAUAGCAAGACCAUUGUUGCCAUCAACAAGGACCCAGAAGCCCCUAUUUUUCAGGUGGCUGACUAUGGCCUAGUGGCAGAUCUGUUCAAGGUUGUACCCGAGUUGACUGAAGCCCUGAAAAAGUGAGACAACUCAGAAAGAUGGUACUCACCUGGAGAACUUUACUGGGAACCUGCCUUAAGAAGCUCUGAGCUGACGCUCUGUCCAUCUCUCGAGUGGGAUUUUACUCCAGAACACCUAUGUACUUCAGCUAAUGUAGACAGCAAACCACUUCUUUUAAUAAAAGAAUUCAGUGAC